AUGACCAGGAACGCGUACAUAGCCGUCCUAAUUCUAGUACUACGCGUACCGCCGUUACCCAACAGGUAUUUGCUUCCCAUUAGAGAUAAGUUUACCCCCCAGGAAAAAGACAUUUGAACAUUUGUCAUUUUGAUAAUUCUCUGAUACCGUAGUAAGUAGGACUGAGUGGUCAAAGUCAACAGUGAACACAGAGAUCGGUCACGUCGGAUAUUUGAGUGACGUCACACGGUGACGAGCCUACUAACGCUGCCAAUCACUCUGCUUCUUAUUUGCACCUACGCACAUCGCCUUUCACCUCACCCUUAACAUGGAGGACGUAGUUUUUUUCUUUGCAUGGAUUAUAUCCUGUAUUAUAGGCGCUAUAUUCUGGAGCAUAGAUGGAGUCAAAAACUUCAUGAUAAAGCAUUUGAAAGAACCCUUUCUUUCAAUGAUCCAGGUUGGAAAGGACAACGAGUCUGCGAGGAUGUUCAAACAGGAUAAGCUCAAGGCGAGGCUAGAGAGCUUGAAGUUCGGUGUCAUGGCCCAGAUGUACGCAGUAUACUGCACAGAACCUCCCGAACCUCCCUCCACCGAGCAACUGUACAGGAAGUGCAUGUAUCACUAUCAUAGGGCCUUAUCAAGGACUCUUCGCGGCAUCGAAACCGUGAACAACUUCGUUGAGAGAAACUGUUCGUUGAAUGAGAUAAAUUCGCUUGCUUUGGUCGUCCAGAAACUCCGUGACAACACGUCUUCCCUUAUGGACAACUACGAAACCCUGACGUCAGGCCUUGACAGAGAUACAGAUGAGCAGGAGCGUCGACAGAGGGUAAACAUAUGGUGCAAGUUCAUAGCGGAUUGGCCAAAGAUUCCGGAGUUGAAUGAGUUAAAACUUCGUCUUGCGGCAGAAGCGCUUCGGGGCAGUGUAUGAACGGUACGGGAUUAAUAGACCACUGCUUAAUUGGACAUGGGAC